AUGAUAAAGACCUAAGAAUCUGAAUAAUAAAGAGCAUUAGAUUAAUGGAAUAAAAAUGUUUCAUUUAUUAGAGAAGUAGAGAGAUGUAAAUAUGUAAUUGGAUUAUUUGGAUUCAUAGGCUUACAUAUUAAGAAUGACAUAUCUCCAUUAAAAUCAGAUGAAGAAUCAUAAAAAAAGAAAAAGCAUUACUUAGCCUUAUCGGUAAUUUCGACAGCAACUUAAGAUAUUUCUUUAUGA